UUCGGUGGCGGUGUUGAGGGACUGCAUGAAGAACCAGAGUCUCGGACGUUUCUUCCAGGAACGACAGACGACUCUGAACCACUCGUUGCCCCUGGAGACGUAUUUGCUCAAACCGGUGCAGAGGAUCCUCAAAUACCACUUGCUACUCCAGGAACUUUCUAAGCACUUUGACAAGAGCGCCCCCGGCUAUGAGGUCAUUGAGGACGCCAUCAUCACCAUGACAGCGGUGGCGUGGUACAUCAACGACAUGAAGAGGAAGCAGGAGCACGCCGUGCGACUCCAGGAAAUUGAGUCCCUGUUGGUGAACUGGAGCGGACCGGACCUGGGCGGCUUCGGGGAGCUGGUCCUGGAAGGGUCCUUCAGGGUCCAGCGCGUGAAGAAGGAGCGAGCCUUCUUCCUGUUUGACACCAUGCUGCUGAUCGCCAAGAAGAGGCUGGAGCAGUUCGUCUACAGCACGCACAUCUUCUGCUGUAAUCUGCUGCUGGUCGAGACCCUGAAGGACUCUCUGUGUUUUAAAGUGUCGGAUCAGACAAUUCCCAAACAGCAGCACGUCGUCCAGCUGUGUCACCAGCUAUUCAGACACUAA